CCCCGGUCGGCGGCUCCCGGCAAAUGGCGGCUCCGCCGUUCGCUCCUCGCCUGCAGCGUGAGAAGCCCUUAGGGCUCGCUCUCCCUCAGGGUGUCGGUCAGACAGUGUCCCUUCCCCGGAGCGAGCUCCCCGCUGCUGAGCCCUUUGCUGGGCCGUGCAGCACCCGGCCAGGGGGAACCUGCCGGGCAGGGCCGGCCCUGAGUCCGUUCCAGAGCGGGGCCGGGGGCUCGGAGCGGGCUCUGAGCGCACGGAGCCGAGGGUGAGGCCGUUCCCAGGGCACGGCCGCUGCCUGCCUGCCAAGGCAGCGACCGGCACCGCGGGCUCUUGGCAGGGAUGUUCUAAGCCUCCCUGACGGCUGGGAAAAGCCCGCUGGAGCAGUGCCGAUGGAUGCGAUCCUGAGCUGCAACCCGGAGGACCUGGAGGAUUACUACAACUUGCUGGGAUGUGAUGAGCUAUCGACGGCUGAACAGAUUCUUGCCGAAUAUAAGAUUAAAGCCCUUGAAUGUCAUCCUGAUAAGCAUCCUGGAAACCCCAAAGCAGUGUCCUUUGUGUGUGUGGCAGUGGAGAAUUUCCAGAAGCUGCAGCAAGCCAAGGAGACUCUGACGAACGAGGAGAGCCGGGCGCGUUACGAUUACUGGCGCCGGAGCAAAGUCAGCAUCCCGUUCCAGCAGUGGGAGGCGCUGAGCAGCUCCGUGAGAACGUCAAUGCACUGGGCUGUCCAAAGUAAGAAGGACCAAAUGCUGGAAGCUCCUGACUUUGGUAAUACCAACAGCAUAACUACUGAGAUAUGGACCCAACAGACAGAAAACAGUGGAGAUGGAUUGUUGGAAGGGAGCAGGGAGCAAGAAGAUGUUGCAAUUCCUGAUGUGAAACCACAGUCUUCAAAGAAUGCAGACUCCCCAAGAUUUUCGGAGGGGAAUUACUGGCACUUGCGCUUCCGCUGGUCAGGCGAUGCUCCAUCAGACCUUCUGAGGAAAUUCAGAAACUAUGAGAUCUAAAAUGAGGAACAUGCAGGAGCAUGAGAUCAUCUGUUCAACAGUUCAGUAUUUUUUCUUUUGCCAGCAGUUAUAAGUUAUUUGUAUUUUGUAUUCUUUCAUUGUAACGUGUUGUUCCAGUCAAUGUCUGAAUACUGAUUUAUCACACAUGGCUGUGAGCAUUACAGAUGGAGGUUUUUCUGUUCAGUAAGCAAAGCCCUUUUCAGUAUUAACACACAGUGAUUUUGUGAAGUUAUCUAACAUCUUACAUACUGUUUCUUGUAUUCUCAAAUGUUAUGCAGUGAAUAAUAUUUCUCUCAAUAGAGUGAUGUUAUGAAAAACAUACUCUCAGUAGAACCUUGGGCUCCAGAGUAUCCUACUCAGCAAAGAUCUUCCAAAAGCUUGAAGACAACAAACUGUAAACAGAACUGUGCUUAUCUCUCAACUCUGUGCUCUGCUUCACUUCUGCAUUGCAUGGUACUCGCUGCAGUGAUUUAUAAUGUACUCAUUGCAAUCUUAACUUGUAGGAGAGUUGUGAUCUUAUACACGAAAUAAGAAUGUUUUUGUUAUCCAGGGUCACUGUGACAGAUCAAGCACUCCUAAAAGUCACUCAUCUUAUACCUUACACACCUUUUGUACCAGCUAUUUGUUUUGGAAGACAGUUCCAGAACUUUACCUCUCCAGAUAACAAUUUUUGUGUUAAGAUGUAUUGGUGGAAAACUGAUCCCCUGUAUGUGUGCCAGCAUUGUCCUGUGGCUUCACAGCACUUUCCCUCCCUGCUCAGGUGUGCUAGACAGGGUUUUGUAUGGUGAAGAAUGAAAAAUCAAACUAGUCAGCACUAAUGUGUACAAAAUCUCACAUGAAAAAAUUUUGAUAAUUUGGGCAACUUUUCAAAUUCUACAUUGUUGUUUAUUUAUUUUGUGUUUGUUUUCUUCUUUGAAAACUUAGCUAAUAUGUCAGGUACUUUCAUUGUGGUUUUGUGCAGGCAGAUAAUUCCAUCAGCAGCAAAUAAAACUUCAUGCAUGCA